GUAUCAAAUUCAAGAAACAUCUAAAUAUCAAACUCAAAAAAUAUCUGAAUAUCAAAUUCAAGAAAUAUCAAAUUAUUCAACUCAAGAAACAAUAUUAUAUCAAACUCAAGAACAGGAUUAUAUUGAUUCAAAGAAAACAAAAGAAAUUCUUAAAGAAAAUACAUUAAAUCUAAAUG